CGGUCCCGGCUUCAGUGCGCAGGCGUGGCGUGGUGGGGCAGGGGCAGGCAGGGGCGUGCAGGGCUUCUGGUUGCUGAAGCCGAGGCUGCUUGUUCUUCUUGGCCGCGCUCUUCCAUGGCUGCGGAGCCGAUGCCGGCCGAGCCACUCACCCGGCGGCCCCUCCUGCUCGGCCAGGUGGAAGGCGCGCAGGACGCGGUGACCAUGGCGGCCAUCGUGCCCAAAGAAGAGGGGAUCAUCAGCGUCUCGGAGGACAGAAUUGUUCGUGUCUGGCUGAAGAGAGACAGCGGUCAAUACUGGCCAAGCAUAUACCAUGCAAUGCCAUCUCCCUGUUCGUGCAUGUGGGUUAACCCAGAAACGAGAAGGCUGUCCAUUGGUCAAGACAAUGGUACCAUCUCAGAAUUUAUUUUAUCAGAAGAUUACAACAAGAUGACACCAAUUAAAAGUUACCAGGCUCACCAGAGCAGGGUUAUGAUGGUCCUGUUUGUUCUGGAGAUGGAGUGGCUCCUGAGCAUUGGGCAGGAUAAGUACUUCACUUGGCAUUGCUCAGAAAGUGGGCAGCGGCUUGGCAGUUACCGGAUUAGUGCAGGGGCCUGUGGGCUACAAUUUGACGUGGAGACACGGCAUGUUUUUAUUGGUGACCAUUCUGGGCAGGUGACCAUCCUUAAACUGGAGCAAGAAAACAGCAACCUGAUAACAACCUUCCGAGGUCAUACAGGUGGGAUCAGUGCCCUCUGUUGGGACCCCGUGCAGCGUGUCUUGUUUUCUGGCAGUUCUGAUCAUUCAAUUAUUAUGUGGGACAUUGGAGGAAGGAAAGGAACAGCCAUUGAACUACAAGGACAUAAUGAUAAAGUUCAGUCACUCUCCUAUUCCCACCACACUCGGCAACUCAUCUCUUGUGGAGCAGAUGGAGGCAUCGUUGUCUGGAAUAUGGAUGUGGAGAGGCAGGAGACACCAGAAUGGUUAGACAGCGACUCUUGCCAAAAGUGUGAUCAGCCAUUCUUCUGGAACUUCAAGCAAAUGUGGGAUAGCAAGAAAAUAGGCCUGAGACAACAUCAUUGCCGGAAGUGUGGGAAAGCAGUGUGCGGCAAAUGCAGCUCAAAGCGCUCCUCCAUCCCACUCAUGGGCUUUGAAUUUGAAGUGAGAGUCUGUGACAGUUGUUAUGAAUCAAUAACAGAUGAAGAGCGUGCUCCCACAGCCACCUUCCAUGACAGCAAACAUAGUGUUGUCCAUGUUUACUUUGAUGCCACCCGGGGGUGGUUGCUGACAGCUGGGACAGACAAGCUUAUUAAGUUGUGGGAUAUGACACCUGUAGUAUCCUGAUGCUUCCAUGAAACACAGAACAUCUCAGUAUUCCUGGAGACGGGAUUCCUGAUCCUACUGUAGAAGAUGAAGCACGCUGUGUAAGGACUGAGGAGGAUGACAACUCAUACUUUUGGAUGGUUUUUCAAGCGAUCUAUUGGACCUGGCGUGAACACUUGCACCAAACCACCCUACAUCUCUUUCUCGGAACAGAGGAGCUAUUUUUUAAAAAACUAAGGGGAAAAAUCACACAAUCUGACUCUGUUUAGCCAUUUGGAACUUGUCUGGAAAAAUCUGUGUGCGGUGCAGUUUGUGUUUCAUGUUCUCUGUUGACUUGUGCUGUUUGCUGUGGAGGAGUUAUUUGUAAAUGUGAGCAGCUUCUGCCAUUAUUGUGUUGGCGUGGCCAAGUCUGCUCUUAGGAGAGAGAACAGAAAGCAGCAUUUCCCUCUUUCUGUAUUGUCCAGUUGAGUCAUUGAGCAAGAACCUGAAUUAUGAAUUGUUCUCAAAGUUCAGAGAAACAAGAGCUCUUCAGCUAAAAAGGUCGCCUUUGUACUUGUAGUCCAGAAAACAGUUCUGUGGGGGAGGAAAGGUAUUUUCUGUUGCACAGCCAAGAGGAAUACUUACUUUUUAACAAACAUUUCAACAGCUGAAAUGCCCUCGUUACUUAUUGUAGAAACCAGUUCAAACUAAGGCUGUGUAAAACAGUUAUAAAUUGUUGCCAAUACUACCUUGUCAUUGCAGAGAACAUCCCCAAAUUUAGCUAAAGGAGGCAAAAAUGUGUCCUUUAAGGUGCAGUUGGACUGCAACUCCCAUCAACCCUAGCUGGUAGACCUAAACAGGGAGGAGGAAUGUUGGGAACUGAAGUCCAACAUCUGGAAGUCCAGCAGCUUGCCCAUCCCUGGUUUAGCUGGACCAGCACUACUGGAAUGUCCUUUGGCGUCUUGACUAGGAUUGAUGUGCUUUGCUGGGCAUGGUCUGGAACUAUUUUAUUUUUGCUACCUCUUUGGCAGUAUGUGUGUUUUUAAGACUGCUGAUAAUUGUGUUCUUUUUAAAUUUGAAAACCCCCCCCGAUCCCAUUAAUACGGUUAUGUUUCAAAUUUUAUUUUCCUGCCUUAUUAGGAAAUUCUUUUUUUUUUCAAUAAAUAAAAAUACAAAUAUAAA